AUGGUGUUACUGUGCCGUGUGUUGAUUUUACUGGCUUUGCUUAUGAGCUUUGCCACUGUGUUUACUAUGGCACAAGAGGUGGGAUCACAUGUGGAGGAUCGGGAACGUACUUUACUCACUAAUGAAGAGUCUCUUUGUGAUGGUGAUUCAGUUGGUUCUUCCGGUACUACAUGUACUUCUGUUCGUACUGCUCCUCAUCCUCCUGGUCUUGCUAAAGCACAAGCAGAACCUCUUGUUAAAGGAGACCCACCUGGUGGUGUUGUUGCUGAUCCUCAAGGUGAUCUCAGUGAAGCAGGUAAACAACUCGGUGUUACUCCGUCUGGUUCUCUUGAUCCUUCUACCGUUUCUCUUACAGAAUCUCAAGGUGGUGGAGGGAAUAACGGUCAAGGUGGUCACGGCCAACCAUCCACUGUAGAUAAGGGUACACUUAGCAGAGAUAGUAAAACACUGAAAGAUUCUUCCCAGGAACUUCAACAUGAAGAGACAGAAGCGAUGCAAGAAGAAGAGAUAUCUAACCUGGAUCCACUGAGUAAAGAAGAGCCUCAUAAGCCCACAGAAAAAAAACCUGGUCUUGAUGAGCCCGUACCUCCCCCAAGAGAAGAAGAUAGUAAACAUUCUCUUCCUCCUGCACAAGCUCCUGAUGGACCAGUUACUUCUACAUCUCCUACGGCUGAGGAGAGUGUUGAUGUCCCUUCAGCUGAAAGUGAACGUGGCGAUAACGGCAACAUUGCAGGAGUUGAAAGUGAAACAGCAACACAACCUUCUGCUGACUCUCCCAACACUUCCGCCACAGGGAGUUCCGAUGUUUCUGAUGCUACAGCGACUGAGAAUAAUACUUCAUCUGCAGAGAGUGAGUCCACAAACAACCAAGAAGGUGUGGCAAGUAAUACAGAUACCACCACCACCACAACUACAACAACAACAACAACAACAACAACACUUCCUCCUGUACUCACAAACAACAAGAAGGGUGAUGCAGACAGCAGCAGCAGUAUCAGCAGUUCUGUGUGGGUGCGUGUGCCACUACUGAUUGUGGUUACACUGGCCUGUAUUCUUGUGGACUGA